GAAUCUGUUCUAUUAUAGUUAGGAGGAAAGAAUUACUUGCAAGGUCCAGAAGCGAAGUGAGAGAUUUGAUAUCCUCGUUUAUCCUGUUCAUAACUUGGUCAACAAAUCGCACCAUCCUAAUUCCUUUCUUCCCAAAUCAAUCGGAGAGACUCUUUGGAGCCUGGAGUAAUGGCUGACGUGCUUUUCUCAGCCUUGCUACCGGUGGUGAUGGAGAAGGCAACCGAUCAUGUUCUCCAACAGUUUGGAAUGAUGUGGGGCAUCCAUGAGAAGCUAGAAAAGCUGGAAAGAAUGCUGUCGGCAAUCCUGGACAGACUUGGAGAUGCAGAGGAGCGGCAAGUCAAGGAAGCGGGUGUGAAGAGCUGGUUGGCAGCACUGAAGAAUGCAGCCUACGAAGCAGACGACAUACUGGAUGACUUCAAUGUGGAAGCAAAGCGGCGGAAGGCAGAGAUUCAGAUCGACAUGACAAAAAAGGUGCGCAGCUUCUUUUCUCUUGGCAAUCCAGUUUCGUUUCGCCUUAAGAUGGGGCGAGAGUUGCAUGCUAUUGUUGAAAAAAUAGAGAAACUAGUAGAUGAGGGAAAUAAAUUUGGUUUCACGGUCAAAACCCAAGCACAAAAGGACAGGCCACAAACCCACUCCUAUGUGGAUGAAUCAAAGGUCAUUGGCAGGGAGGAAGAUAAAGCAAAAAUAGUGGAGUUGUUACUUGCUCAUGAUAACAACCGGAAUGUUGCAGUCCUUCCCAUAGUUGGGAUGGGGGGUUUGGGUAAGACCACACUGGCCCAAUUGAUUUACAAAGAUGAGACGGUGGAGAAACAUUUCGAGCCACGAAUGUGGGUCUGUGUGUCGGAUGAGUUCGAUGUUAAAAAACUUGCUAAAGAUAUAAUAGCUUCAGCCACAGGGGCUAAGUGCGAGCUAUCAGACAUGGAGUUGUUACAACGCCGCCUUCGAGAAGUUGUAAGUGGGAAGAGGUAGGUACUUGU